AUGGAGGCGUACCCCAAACCUCGCCACCAGUACAUUUACACCCCUCGCUACGGGCAACGCGGCAUCCUCAGCUACGCGGGUCAAGCCCCCAAUGGCGCCGCACCCACAGGCGUGAUUGGCGGCGCCUAUGCCUACGGAGUUGGCUACCCAGCAGCCGCAGCCUGUCAACCUGUGGUAUACAACACUCGUCCCUUCUACGGCUCCACCUACCUCUACCCCUACUACAACCCUUGCUACACCUACUACAACUCCUACCUCUACGGCUCCCUAUAUCCCCUUGCUAACUUCUACUUCCCCUACCAGCGGUCCUACUACAACACCGUGCCCGCCUACGGCCACACAGCACACGUCUAUCCCCCGGGCCAUGCUACAACAACAACUACUACCUACCACGUAACCAACACCCAAGCCCCCCUGUACACCUCACCCACCGCCCAAAUCCUGCGUGAAACCCGGCCAGCAUAUGUUCACGGCCACGCUUACACACUGCAAGCCCCAACCCGUGAGGAGAUUCAGAUUGAGAAUCGCCGCAUUGCCACGCAGCGUGGUGCGUAUGAUGCGCGUAAGAUUCGGCCGGCGGAUGCGCGCGACGACGACCCGUUCUGGUGCCGCGAGGUCAAUGGCGAGUGGCAUCUGCGAUCAUAUUAUCAGAUUGAGAAUGAGUGUCAUCCGGGACGGUGGAUGAUGGAUGCUGAGAUUGGGUUUUUGGUGUUUCAUCGGGCAUAG